AUGCAGGCUGCUUCUACAAAUAUUUCUGAAAGAAUGGGUCGCUCUCAGGAGCUCAGUGAAUUCAAGCAUGGUACCGUGAUAGGUUGCCACCUGUGCAAUAAGUCCAUCUGUGAAAUUUUCUUGCUACUAAAUAUUACAUGGUCAACUGUUAGUGGUAUAAUAACAAAGAGGAAGCAACUGGGAACAACAGCAACUCAGCCACGAAGUGAGCGGGGUCAAUGCAUACUGAAGCUCACAGUGCACAGAAGUCGCCAACUGUCUACAGAGGCAAUAGGCAAAGACCUCCAAACUUCAUGUGGUCGUCAGAUUAGCACAACAGUGCAAAGAGCUUCAUGGAAUGGGUUUUCAGGG